GAAAUCAUGUCUUUAUCUAUGGCAUCACAUGUUUAACACUCAAAACCCACCAAAGCUAAUUAAUCCUUAGGGGAUUAUAAUUAACUCACUUGUCAUGAAACAUUUAUAUAAUAUGAAAAAGACUUUUUUGGAAUUUAUAUAUGUGAAAACAUGACUUCAAAGUAUUUCUUCUUCUUCUCCUUCUUGUUUUCUUGAAUUAUUCAACUUUCUUUGGAGCUCUUUUUCUUUCUUGUUCUUUUAGCUUUUCUUGUUUCUUGUUUCUUGAUUCUUGUUAUGGUUAUGGGUGAUUCUUAUGAUGAAGAGUGUGAUUAUCUCUUUAAAGCAGUUCUAAUUGGAGACUCAGCUGUUGGGAAAUCAAAUCUUUUAUCAAGAUUUUCUAGAGAUGAAUUCAGGUUGGAUUCAAAGCCAACUAUAGGUGUUGAAUUUGCUUAUAGGAAUAUAAGAGUUGCUGAUAAGCUUAUUAAAGCUCAAAUUUGGGACACUGCUGGCCAGGAAAGGUUUAGAGCUAUAACUAGUUCAUAUUAUCGUGGGGCAUUAGGUGCCUUGUUGGUAUAUGACAUAACUCGAAGAGCAACAUUUGAUAAUGUGAAGAAAUGGCUAACAGAGCUAAGAGAAUAUGGGAAUCCUGAAAUGGUGGUUGUUCUUGCUGGGAAUAAAUGUGAUCUGAGCCAUACCAGAGAAGUUGGUGAAGAAGAAGGGAAAAACCUUGCAGAAACUGAAGGUUUAUGCUUCAUGGAAACAUCAGCUUUGGAGAACCUGAAUGUUGAAGAAGCAUUUUUAGAAAUGAUCACUAAAAUCCAUGCAAUUACAAGCCAGAAAAGCUUAGAAGUUAGAUUGAAGGAUGCUAAUAACAUUACUUCUAAGACAGUGGCACUGCCUGUUGGGAAAGAGGUACUCAUUAUUGAUGAAGUAAGUGCUACUAAACAAGCAAGUUGUUGUUCAUACUAAAUCACCUAUGAACUAUAUAUAUAUAUUAUAUGUACAGGGCUGCAUGCAUGAGGAAAGUUUUGGAAUAUUCUUCUAAAUUAUGCUAUUAAUUAGAUAGUUUAUGUUAUUCUUUU